AGUUUCUGAUCGAUUUCUUCACGAUCGAGGUUUCCUCAAACGUAUCGAUCUUUAGGCUUCAUCUGCUGCGAUCACUGUUCGUCAGAGUCAGGAUGGAGUCACACAGACCGAGCGGCUCUCCAGACGUCAGGAUACAGAAGGGCUACAUGCUGCAGCACAGUCCCAGAGGCAGCCCGGACAGCCUGUUUGGAGUGAGGGUGCAGGUCCAAGGGAUUAAAGGUCAACCUUUCGUGGUUCUGAACAGUCCUGGUCAGGAGAGCCACAGGGACAUUUCUGUCAUCACUCACCAGGCAGGGUACAAUCCAGGCAUGGUGAGGAGGUCUGUAGAUGAAAGACACUCUCCGUCCGCAGCACAGAGGACGGGGAACUCCUCUGCAUUUCAUUAUCAGCAACACCCAGAGAUCCUGAGACCUUAUGACCCAGAGAGCAAUAACCUGAGCCAAGUCAUUCCUUCUCAAACAGCCUCUCGACCUGGACAGCAACACACUGGCCUUCUCCAAGAGAAAACCCAAACUACCAACGGUUCCAAACCCAGGAUCCCUCUGCCUGCCGAGGGCCCUGAAGACCCAGCUGAGGUGACCAGCAACAAGACCCCUCUCUCUAGUGGACACAUUCCUGCAAGAGCCCCCAGCUCAGUGGACACAGACUCCAUCAUGUCUGUAGGAAAGCUAAUAAGCCAAUUCAACAGCCGCCAAAGGAGGGGGAGAGGUCCAAGGAACAGGCUGGACCCGGAGGAGUGUCGGCGAUCACGCAGCGUGGACAGCGGACGGACCUCCGACUCCUCCUCAUCCUCCUCUUCAUCCAGCAGAGCCUCGUCUCUGAGGGGCAUCAGAGGUGAAACCCCAGGUGGGAUUUAUCCUCCCGGAUCAGCCCGGGCUCGACUCCUCGGUGGAGAGACUGCUUUGGCAAGCAAAAGGGAGGAAAGCAAGCCAAGCAUGCUGUUUAAAGGACAUAACGGCAAAGAGAUGGAAUCUCAGCACGCCACAAACCUGCUUCACAGAGCAGAGAAACCAUCCAUCUCCUCGUCGUGUGGGGACCAAACCGGCGAAUCUGAUGACAGAGAUGCUCAGGUCACUCCUGAUCUUCUGAAAGGACAGCAAGAGCUCUCAGUAGAUCCAACUGAAGACACAACUAGACAAAUACUGUUCACUUACCUGAAGGAUGGGACGACUGACGAUGACCCCACCACCCAAAGAAAAGUCAACCUGCUGCUGGAGAGGAUCGACAAGCUCAAGUGGAGGACUGCUGAGAAUGUGGAGGAGGAGAACAAAGACGUGAAGCUGCUGCAGGAGAAACAGGCAGCACUGGAGAAGGAAGUGUCGGAAUUAAAGCAAAGACUGGAAACUGAAAUGAAGAAUGAAAUGACCCUGGCCAAAGCCUGUGAGAAGGCGAGGACAGAGAAGAAGAAACUUCAGGAAGAGUUGACCAAAAGCCAGGCAGAGCUCUGCAAGCUCAGGGACAAAGUGGCUGAAGUUGAUGCAGAACUUCAGUCCACCAAACAGCAGUUGACUCACAUGAAGGCAGAUAAAGAAAGAUCUAAGGCCGAGAUGAAAGACCUUCAGCAGCAGCUCUCUGAGAUGCACGACGAGCUGGACCGAGCCAAGAGGGCGGAGGUGGUAAACACGCAGAAAGAAGUCCUCCUGCAGGACCUGGCGCAGCUGCGUGUCGACUUCCAGGAGAUGAUUCAGGUGAAGGAGGAGCAGGAGGAGGUGCUGCACCACACGGAGAGGGAGCUCAGCGCCCUGAAGGGGGCACUUAAAGAGGAGGUGGAGACUCAUGAUAAAUACAUGGCUGCUCUGAAGGAGGAAUAUGAACAGGAGCUGGAGAAGCUCCUCGGGGAUUUGGAGCAGGCUAAAGAGAGCAAUUCUGUGCUGGGCCAGAGGAAGGUUGAAGCAGAGGAGGAGAGAGGUGCAGCAAAGGUGCAGCUGAAGGAGCUGAGCCAGGACAGAGAUGUGCUGAGAGGAAAAGUGCAGGAGCUCAACAACAAGGUGGAUCAACUGAGUCAGGCCAUCCAGGAGUCCAAAACCAACGAGAGGCUGAUGGAGCAGAGAGCGAAGCAGCUGGAGAGGGAAAAGCAGCAGGUUGAGGAGAUGCUGAUGGAAGUGAGGAGGAACGAGGAGGAGAUGUGUCAGUCUAACCAGUCACUGCUCCUUCGUCUGGAGGACGUGCAGAGUAAGCUGACCAAACUAAACUAUGAGCACAGGGACCUGAAAGAGAAGCUCAAGGAGGAGAAGAAACAAAUCGAGGAGCUGUGGAGGACAAAAGCUGAACUGGAGGAUGAGAGGAGGCUGCAGGACAGGACUGUGGAGCAACUGCAGAGGAAGAUGAACAGCAUCAUGGAGGAGUGCGAGGCGAGUACAGAUGUGCUUCAGAACCAGGUCGACGAGGCCAAAGAGAGGAGUCAGAGGGAGUUGGCCGAACUGCGGAGACAGCUGCAGGAAAAGGGAGCAGAGCUGGAGAAAUCCAGACAGGCGGCCAAAAAGCUGCAGGAAGAGCUGCUUCCUCUGGAGGAGGACCUGCGUCGGUGUCGCAGGGAGCAGCAGGAGGCCCAGCAGAGGGGCCGGCAGCUGGAGCAGAAGGUGGAGGAGCUGGAGGAGAGGAGUGCUGCCACGGUGGACGAGCGAGAUCGACAGGUCAAGCUCAUGGAGGGACGCAUCGGUCAACUAGAAGAAGAUCUUAAUGAUGAGCGCACCGGUGCUGACCGUCUGAUGGAGCGACUUGACAAAACCAAAGAGCAGAUGGAUCAGAUGAGGAACGAACUGACGCAGGAGAGAGGAGUCAGGCAGGACCUGGAGUGUGACAAGAUGAGCCUGGAGAGACAGAAUAAAGACCUCAAGAGCAGAGUGACUCAUCUGGAAGGAUCACAGAGGACCAACCAGGAUUCACUCGUCUCCAAACUUAACAGCCGCAUCCAGGAGCUGGAGGAGAGGCUGCAGGGAGAAGAGAGGGACAACAACAGCCUGCAACAAGUGAACCGCAAGCUGGAGCGCAAGGUGAAGGAGAUGAAGAUGCAGGCGGACGAGGAGCACGUCAACCUGCAGAGCGAGAGAGACCAGCUGACUCAGAGGCUGAAGACGGCAAAGAGGCAGAUGGAUGAGGCGGAGGAGGAGAUCGAGCGUCUGGAACACGCUAAAAAGAAGUUGCAAAGGGAGCUGGAUGAACAAAUGGAGGCCAAUGAGCAGCUUCAUGGCCAACUGAGUGCACUGAGGAACGAGAUGAGGCGUAAGAAGAAAUCACCUCCCCUCAUUAGGGUUGUGGAGAAGGACGCGAACGACAUGGACGACUUUGGAUCUGAUUGACUGACUGAUCUAUGAUUUUUAAAAACAACCAGACAGACAUUUCGGGACUUUAUUAAACAACGUUGAACUCACUGUGAAGAAUCUUUGAAAACUUAAUUCAACAUAAUUCCAUUAACAACUCAGGUGUGACUUUAUCAUGUUUCCAGUUUGAACCAUAUGGCACCUUGCCAAGGCUGACCUCUUGUGGCAAUAUUUAUAACUGCAUUAUCUGUCAAACCAGCACAACAACCCAGGCUCAUUUACUCAGAGUGAUUCUUUUUUUGUUCCCUAAGUUAUUCUGCUGUUGUGUGAAUUAAAAAUGUGUAAACUGCAAACUUUAAACUAAUAAAUAAAUGUAUUAAAAGGCUUUUGC